CCGCCGCCGCCGCCGCCGCCGCCGCCAUGGCCGCCAAGGGACCCGGCCUCUUCUCCAACAUCGGCAAGUCCGCCAAGGAUCUGCUCACGAGGGACUACACCUACGACCAGAAGCUCACCGUGUCCAGCGUCAGCUCCUCCGGAGUGGCCCUCACUUCCACAGCUGUGAAGAAAGGAGGGCUUUAUUCGUUUGAUGUUGCCGGAGUGUACAAGUACAAGAAUACUCUUGUUGAUGUUAAAGUGGAUACACAGUCAAAUGUCUCUACUACCUUGACUGUCUUGGAUGUCCUGCCAUCCACAAAGCUUGUGACAUCUGUGAAGCUGCCUGACUACAAUUCUGGAAAGGUGGAGCUGCAAUACUUCCAUGAGAAUGCAACUUUGGCUACUGCUGUUGGCACGAAGCCCUCUCCUGUGGUUGAAUUUUCUGCAGCAGUAGGUCCUAAAGGACUUGCCGUUGGUGGAGAAGCUGCGUUUGACACUUCUUCAGGGAAGUUCACCAAGUACAGUGCUGGGAUAGGUGUAACCAAGCCAGAAUUUCAUGCUGCAUUCAUUCUGGCCGACAAAGGUGACACCAUUAAAGUGUCAGGUGUUUACCACCUUGAUGAGAAGCAGAAGGCUUCAGCUGUGGCUGAAUUUACCCGGAAGCUCUCAGCAAACGAGAACGCACUCACUGUUGGUGGCCUGUACACAGUUGACCCUCAGACAACCGUGAAGGCAAGGCUCAACAACACUGGGACGCUUGCUGCUCUUCUCCAGCACGAGGUUAAGCCGAAGUCACUCUUGACAAUCUCUGGUGAAUUCGACACCAAGGCCUUGGACAGAGCCCCCAAGUUUGGCCUCACAUUCGCCCUCAAGCCCUGAUCAGAUCAUUAGUGAUUGAUGAUUGACAGUUGAAUUCCGGAUUCUUUGAUUGUUUUUUUGGGAAGCUACGGCCAAUAAUUUGUUCCAACUUGCUCUGUUAAAUCUCUCAAGGUUUUUGGUACCCUCUGUGGGCAGGAUCGAUCGGCCUUUACCUUGAUGUGUUGGUCUGUUGAUGAAAAUACCUGUCAUUGGGAGACUUAUGAAGCUUGUUUCUUUCUGCUGUGAGUGCUGAGUAGCUUGCACAGUAGUCUGUUUCAUGACGAAGCUACAUGUGAUUUUUC